AUGGCCGACCGAGACAGGAAAGGGAGUGUGUUUCUGAUCACCUCGACCGGAGAUACCAUAGGACUUCCAAUCCCCUCAAAGUCGCCGAAUGAUCCCUUGACAUGGUGCUCACUGAAGCUGUUCCUUGUCUUCGUGUCCAUGUCGGUGUUCACCACUGUGGGCCUGAUACUCGUGCAGGGCACGAGUCUGCUGCUGGAGACUUUGGGAAAUGAAUACAACGAGGAGAUCAAUCCAAAGGAACCACUUUCACUCCGUCUGGAGGUUCUGGCAUCGGUACCGUCUCUGUUCUGGGGGAUUGGUGCCUUGAUAUGGAUGCCGAUAUCCAUGGCCAUCGGUCGACGACCCGUCUUUAUCAUCUGCACAAUACUUCUUUUCUUAUCAACUCUGAUAGCCGCCAUCUCAAAUGGUUACUAUAUGCACCUGACCGCAAGAUGUGUUCAGGGAAUAGCAGGCUCUAUCUCACCGAGUACCAUGAUUCUCAUGGUCCUGGACUUGACAUACAUCCAUCAACGCCCUCAGUACAUUGCCCUCUUCUGGUGUAUCUGUAACGCGAUGUCAAAUCUCGGGCUCGCACUCACAGCAUACAUUGUUGCGGCCGGGGGAAACUGGCGUGCAUUCUACUGGGUCUGGCUGGGACCGUGUAUCGCCAGUAUUCUCCUGGCGCUGUUCUGGGCCCCGGAAACAUACUUCAAUCGUCCCCCGAUGGCUUUUGAUGGGCACAUCAUUGACCAGAGCGAGAGCGGGAAAGUCACCAUCUAUCAAUCGUGGGAGGAGGUGCCUGGCGGCAAGCCCACGCCGGAGCAGCCAGAACUCCCCUGCAAGGCGACGUGGCUCCGGAACAUAAUUUUCUGGAACCGGACGACGACGGUCGGCUACCGGGCUAUCGCGGCCUUCCCGCGACAAGUCUUGUUCUGUGCAAUCAACCCUCUCAUCCUCUGGGUCCUGGUGCUGAAUGCCUUCGUCUUUGGCGGAAUGGUGGUGACAUGCACCGAAUACGUCGUGCUGCUCACGUCGCCACCAUACGAUUUCACCCUCAAGCAGAUCGCACUCGCUAAGUUCAGCCCCAUGAUGGGCGCGUUACUGGCCUACCCGGCGUCCGGAGUCCUCACGAGUUGGCUCACCAAGAUCCUCGCCCGGAGGAACCGCGGCGUCCACGAGCCCGAGCACUACCUCCCCUCCUUCAUCCUGCCCGUCCUCACCAGCUCCGCCGGCCUGGCCCUCUUCGGCAUCGCCAAGGAGCGCCAGUGGGACUUCCGCUGGGUCCUCUUCUUCGUCGGCCUCAACUACUUCAGUUCCAUCUCCAUGUUCACCUCCAACACGCUGUGGGUCACCGAGGCCUUCCCCAGGUGGGCCGGGGCCGCCAUCACCGUCGUCGGCGCCGGCGGCUACGGCUCCAGCUUCCUGCUCAGCUCCACGAUCGCACCGUGGAUCCAAUCUCAGGGCCUGGGCGCUGCUUUCGUGCAGCUGGCCAUAUUGACGUUGACCGUCGGCCUGGUCGGCUUCCCGGUCAAUUAUUGGGGGAAACGCUUUCGAGAGCACAUCUAUUCGAAAUGGGAAUAG